GGAAAAAAAAGGAAAAAAAAACAAAGGUUUGGUUCAUUUUAAUUUUGGUCUGGCAAGGUCUUGAAUAAAGUAGGUCUUUUUUACCUAUUUGGGGUUCUUUCUUAGACCUUGACCAGCCCAAAAAGCUUGCUUUUUAGUAAGAACCUAAAAAAAAAAGAGUUUUUCUUUCUACAUAUAAAAUAAGAAAGGUCCUUUUUUGUUUGAUUUUUUUAUUGGGUCUUCGUCCAGAAAAAGGAGAAUGAUGACAGGUUGUAAAAUUAAAGUUGUGAUGGUUUUGGUUUCAAUGGCUGUUCUUAUGCCAACUCUUAGAGCUGGUAUUGCUGAGUUUGAUGAUUUUUUGCUCCAGAAGUCUGAAGAAGCUAAACAAGCUUCUCUUGAAGCUUUCCACCCUGACCCCAUGAAUGUCACUGACCAUUUCAAUCAACAUGUUCAUCUAGCUUUGGAGGGGAUAGAGGGAAGCAAUAGCACCAGGAGGAGCCUAUCCAAAUACAACGGGCCCUGCUUGGCUACAAAUCCAAUUGAUCGUUGCUGGCGUUGUGACCCAAAUUGGGCCAAGAACCGUAAGAAGCUUGCCAAAUGUGUGCUUGGUUUCGGCAGAAAAACCACUGGUGGCAAAAAGGGACGUAUCUACGUUGUGACUGAUCCAUCAGAUAACGAUGUUAUUAAUCCUAGGCCUGGAACCCUUAGAUAUGGCGCUCUUCAAAAGAAACCUUUAUGGAUCAUUUUUGCGCGUAGCAUGAUUAUUAGGCUAUCCAAGGAGCUGAUGAUUACUAGCCACAAGACAAUCGAUGCUCGUGGUGCCAAUGUUCACAUUGCCUACGGUGCUGGUCUUAGCAUUCAAUUCGCUCGGAAUGUAAUCAUCCAUGGCCUUCGCAUCCACCAUGUCAUCUCAACUGGCGGUGGCAUGAUCCGCGACACUGCCAACCAUGUCGGUCUUCGAACAGUUAGUGAUGGAGACGGUAUCUCCAUCUUUGGAUCAACCAACAUCUGGCUCGAUCAUCUCUCCAUGUCUAAUUGCCAAGAUGGACUUAUCGACGCAAUCCAAGGCUCUACUGCAAUCACCAUCUCAAACUCUCAUUUCACUCAUCACAAUGAUGUGAUGCUGUUUGGUGCAAGUGAUUCAUAUCAAGGCGACUCGAUCAUGCAAGUGACCGUCGCAUUCAACCAUUUUGGAAAGGGAUUAGUGCAGAGAAUGCCAAGAUGCAGAUGGGGUUUCUUCCAUGUCGUCAACAAUGAUUACACUCACUGGCUCAUGUACGCCAUUGGUGGCAGUCAACAUCCCACCAUUAUCAGUCAAGGAAACCGUUUCAUUGCCCCACCCAACCCUGCUGCACGACAGAUCACAAAUAGAAACUAUGCAACAGAGAGUGUAUGGAAAACAUGGACAUGGAGAUCGGAAGGGGAUUUGAUGAUGAAUGGAGCUUAUUUCGUUCAGUCCGGGAAUCCAAGCAAACGAAGACCAUACAGCAGGUUCGACAUGAUAAAGGCUAAGCCUGGCACUUUUGUUAGAAGGCUGACUCGCUUCUCUGGCUCACUCAACUGUUAUGUUGGUCGCCCAUGCUAAUCAGAACAGAACAGACCAACAACAAAACCAAAUUUUAAUUUUAUUUUCAAACUUUAAUUUAAUUCACUAUUUUACAACCAAAAAAACACCAAUCAUGGCGAAGAAUAAGAGAAACGUAGAGGAUGAGAAAACAGCAAAAAUGGAAUCUUUCAAAAAACCAAUCUUCUGCAAAGGGAAGAAGAUUAUGAACAAUGCAACUGGAAGAAGGCCUGAAGAAAGAAACUUUCUUUCAUUUUUUUAAAUUAUUUAGACGAUUUGUUAUUGUUGUUGCUCAUUUCUAUCAGUUGCUUGUACUAUUCAUUCACUUUGAUUUGGUUAUAAGAGACAAUUUCAUUUCCCUUUAUUAAAAUAUUGAUCUAUUUUCAUUUUA